AAAAGAACUGUCCUCUUAAAGUAGGCCUACGUAUUUUCACAAAAGUGUGUAGGCCUACGAUUCAACAGCGUUUGAAAACAACUUUCCAUUAACCAAAACCAAUUAGUAAAAGAAAAAAAAAAAAAAAAAUGAAGUUAUCGUACACUUAUGAAGAAAAACCAAUGCAACCAUCUACAUAACUAACAAAAGCUGUCAUUAUUUACGUUGUUGAUUUACAUAUAUCAAACUAUACCCUGUUUGUUUAAAAUGUCUUAAAGAUAUAUAGUUGAAAAUUAGACAACUGUGUUAGGGGCAUCAAAAGACAAUUUGGGCCGCACUAGCCGAACCUCAGUUGAUUGCGUCUUGAAAAUUACUGACAGAAAGUCGUCCUAAAAUGACCCCCACCCCCCAACCCCACCAAACACGCGGAAUAAUUCGCGCAUUGAUCAUCAGUAGACUAGAGCAGGCAAGAUAGUACUCUGGUAUUUCUAUACUUCCAGCACUUUUGGUCGUGUUCUAUUUAUUUCCUUUCCCCUCCCGUCUAUCCCUGUGUGUAGAGUCUGGUUCGGUCUUCAGUCAUCCGCGCCACCGCUCUACUAACGCCCCGAGGCUGCAGCUGCCACACCGGCCGGCCGCGGAGCGCCACACGCUGAUCAAUAAUUCACCAGCUCGACGCCUCCCCGACCCGUUACCCCGGAGCAGCCUCGGGUCGACUGAGGCUACCACCGAUAUUUAGCUACUCACGAGAGAGGAGAUUUAUUCUCCCGUGAUUUAAAUACAGCCUCAGUAAGCUUUAGCCAACAGGCAUAAGAUCCUUUCAGUGCGUCCACGGAUUAGACCGUGUAGAGUAGAUGUGCACUACUCGUAUUGGUGCCUGACUGCAACGGCAUUUGUGGACGCCUCUCGCGUUCUUCUGUCCGGGAACAGCGGGGGUCCCGUUAUGGUGCGGACAGUCGGAGUAUCGAAAGAGGGAGAUGCACUCAAGGCAAACAGGAACUGACUUCAGGACAUAAAGACGAAGAAAAUCACUCACUGUCACGCAGAACGUCUUCGUACAAGCAGUUCUGCGUAGCUACACCGGCGCUCGCGGAGACUUUCAACCGGGCUUGUGCAUUCCCCGGUCGGUGCCGACAGCGAGGCUCCAUCGCUCGGCUGAUGACAACAGGAGAAUAUAUUUUAAACGGAACAGUUUAGGAACAGAGCCCGGAGACGGCGAUAAUCCAUCGUUUCGUAAAGUGGCGGAGAAAGCUUUACUUUUACAGACGGAACAAGCUCCGGGAAACAGCCCGACUUGUUGAGUUCUUUUUUCUCUUCCGGUAUCACCGGAGAAACCGACUGGUGCACCCGCUCCCUCUCCUCUUUUUUGGACGCUGAAAGUUUAAAGAAAAAUGGGUCUUUGAGGAGAGCUGGCAGAUUCCCCUCAACUACAAUGGCCACAGAAUCGUAUCUGGUGCAUGAAGGUCCCCAUCGAGCUUCUGGCAUCUCAGAGUGUUUCCUAGUGCCUGAAUCCUACAGGGAUGAAUUCCAUCCCUUCAUCGAGGCUCUCCUCCCGCACGUGCGGGCGUUCUCCUACACCUGGUUCAAUCUGCAGGCCCGCAAGCGCAAGUACUUCAAAAAGCACGAGAAGCGCAUGUCCAAGGAUGAGGAGCGCGCCGUCAAAGACGAACUCCUGGGCGAGAAGCCCGAGAUCAAGCAGAAGUGGGCGUCGCGGCUGCUGGCCAAAUUGCGCAAGGACAUCCGGCCGGAGUUCCGCGAAGACUUCGUGCUCACCAUCACGGGGAAGAAGCCGCCGUGCUGCGUGCUGUCCAACCCUGACCAGAAAGGCAAGAUCCGUCGCAUUGACUGCCUGCGGCAGGCCGACAAGGUCUGGCGUCUAGACCUGGUGAUGGUGAUCCUGUUCAAGGGGAGCCCACUGGAGAGCACGGACGGAGAGAGACUGGUCAAGUCCCCGCAGUGCUCCAACCACACCCUGUGCGUGCAGCCGCAUCACAUUGGAGUGUCCGUCAAAGAGCUGGACCUGUACCUGGCCUACUUCAUCCACAUGCCAGAAUCUGGGCAAUCAGACAAUUCCAAUCAACAGGGAGAAGUGGACAUCAAACCCCCACCAAACGGACACCUGAGUUUUCAGGACUGCUUUGUGACUUCAGGGGUGUGGAACGUAGCCGAGCUGGUACGAGUGUCUCAGACCCCUGUUGCAACAGCAUCCGGUCCUAAUUUCUCUCUUGCGGAUCUGGAAAGUCCCGGUUACUACAAUAUCAACCAAGUAGCACUUGGCCGACGUUCACUUGCCUCUCCUCCAUCCACAAGGUCUGAGGUGGAGCUGUACGCCAGUCUUCCUCGGAGCUCUAAUAAGCGUAAGUCUAUAGAUGACAGUGAGAUGGAGAGUCCUGUCGAUGAUGUCUUCUACAGUCGUUCUCCGGCUGGCACCAGCUCCCAGUCCAGCGGCUGGCCGAAUGAUGUCGAUGCAGUGCAGCACCAUUUGACGAGUAUUCAAGAGAGGAAGAUAAAACAUGAGAAUGAUGGUGUGCAGUUUCCUUACCAUGGGCUGUCCUCUCCUGGGUCUCUAAAGAAGCCAGCGGGGAAAUUCGAUUUCAGCGCCCUGUCAGCACAGACGAGGUCCCCCCGAAUGGCCUUCACACACCACCCGCUGCCCAUGCUGGCAGGCGUGAGACCAGGGAGUCCACGUGCCUCAGCUUCUGCCCUUCAUUUCCCUGCUCCUUCCAUCAUCCAGCAGUCCAGUCCAUACUUCACCCACCCCACCAUCCGCUAUCACCACCAUCAGGACCCGCUCAAAGAGUUCGUCCAGUUCGUCUGUGCUGACGGCUCCGGGCAGCCAGGGGCACAGCCUAACGGGAGCGGUCAGAACAAACUGCCCAGCUCCUUCUUACUGCCUCCUCCUCCUCCUCCGGUAGCGCGGCCGGUGCCGAUGCCCCUCCCCCUGCCCGAGCACAAACCCAGCCACACACACCCCGAGAGCGGAGGCGGCUCUCCGGCCUCGCCCUCAGCAUACCCAGCGUCAGGCUCCUCAGCUUCCAACAGGUUUGUCAGCAUCGGAUCACGGGACAACUUUCUGAACAUCCCACAGCAGACUCAGUCAUGGUUCCUUUGACGAGACUUUUCAUGAACGACACAGACACAAAUCCACAAUGAAAACUGGAAAUGGAUUCACAAAGCUAAGUAUGGAACUUUCCCGCAGGCCCCCCCUUAAAGUCUCACUCACACACACAAAACACACGCACAGAUACACACUCGAUUGCCCAAACUGCUGACACCCUCUUUGGAUCGAGGGAUCUGGAAGACUUCAUCAUUACCCUGCCAGUCUGGAUAGCUCGGAGAACAAAACAAAGAAAUGACACACUGACGCCAUCGUCAUCUUCCUGAGACAUCCAGCACAUCAACCAACCCCAUUUACCUUUCCUUCAUUUGUUCAUCCACCAGUCAUAUGCCAUGUUGAGGAAAAUCCAUCUCUUCCCAGUCAGAACUCUUUAGAAAAUUAAAUCAUUAAAAAUGGACCUUUGAUGUCGGACACAUGUGAUUGGAUGGAGAGACUUGGCUGAAGCCUUCUGAUUGGCUCAGGCUUAGACUUCCUUGAUUUUGGUGAUGCCCUCUGUUCCACAGUGUGAACUCGGCAUCCUCUCACUGUUUACCAGUUGACAAGCAAUAGACUGUGAGCAAAACAACAGAUAACACUAACCCAGUGCAUUUCACCUAAACAUAUGCACAUAUGGUCUUAGAUUUGUGAUGUGGAGUCAGGCUACAUGUUUGUAAGGUAAAGCACACACAGAUGAGCAAUACACACAUCAAUGACAGUGCAUCACAGCAUCAUAUAGACAGCUGAUGACAGGAAUGGGAAGGGUCAAGCACGAGUGACUGUAAUGUCAAGCUUGUGACUCAUCAUUUUUCAUUUUGUAGUGUUUUAAAUGAUUAAAAGGCCAGUGAUUUGAGUCAUAAAACUGGUUUGCAUGAACUAAUGAGGGUGCAUUUGGUGCAUCCAUCUCUGACCUCUUCACUACCGUCUAUCGAUCAAUGCUUGUGCAUCAGUAUCCUACAGUCGACCCUGCAAACAAGGGCUUCUUCUGCUUUACUUUGCAUUUGGUUUGGUUUUGCAGUAUUUUUUUUUAAUUUUUUUUUUGGUGAAUGUCAAAACUUUCCAGGUCAUAUUUCACCCUAAAACCAAAUUUCUAAAAUUAUGUUUUGAAAGUAAUAAAGAAAUAUGAUUACAAAAAAAACUUCAUCAAUAACAUUUAACAGUGAAAUUAUUUUCCUAAUAAUCAAGCCAAUUACUGUGCUGUAAUGCAAAGCAUUUUAUUUGAUUAUUAUUAUUAUUAUGUUAUGAUUACUGACUGUUUACUAGUUAGAAUUAUGGAUGAAAAUGUGCUUAAUUGUCAUAGAAAUAUAGUUACAAUGCAGUCAAUUUCAAUGACCCAAAAAUGGGUUUUGAUUCUGGGAUGUGACCUGGAUAUGUUUUUGUGACGUGCCCAUUCACUUGUGUUUUUUAAAUCUGGUUUUGUGCGAUUUUAGUUUGUAUAACGUCAGAUUGGACUGCAUGUGGAAUUGUGCUAUUUUGUUUUUAGAGUAACAGGUUAAGAUCAACUCUCCUUCAACUAGAAUGUGACUAACAAACAAACAGACAAUCUCAUCUUUCCCUCUUAGAGCUUAAUUAAUCAGAUGUUUUAGAUAGUUAUUAUGUCGACAGUGCUCUGCCCUUCCUGUCAAUCAUGUUUUCCAUCACUUUACAGUUAGUUUGUAUAUUUACCAUCAGUUUUUUUCCUCCACUCCUCGGUUUUUUGUUUCAGUUCACAGGUACAGCCUGACUCGCACAACAAUCUACUCACGGCCGACUGCCAUUAUAUUUAGCCUGUCAGCACAGUGGUCAACUGAAUAAGAUACAUGCACACAUACACAAACAUUGCACAAUGACACACACCCACUUCCUUAAAGGACAAAGGGAAACCUUUAAACUCAAACCCCUAUAUCAAACAUGAUUUUACAAUAUGCACCCUAUUUAAAGUACAGUGUAUUUAGCUUUUAGGUGAACUCAAAAAACAAAGUCAUGUUUUCAGUACAAACACUCUAAACCACUGACCUCACUAAAUAACUGGACUGCCUGGCUGUCAAUCACAUUGUCAGGGACUCUGAUUGGCUGAGAGCUGACAAUUUCAUAAUUCACUUGAAACGCAUCAAAGUGCCUCAGUGUCCCCUUUACAUGCAAUUCAGGGUCUUCACUUCAUGUAUAAGCUACAGAAAAUAUGUACAAUAUGUAUCAUGGACUUGUCAAACAUCAAAUAAGCAACUGCAAACAUUAUAUUUAUAGAACAUAUCGUACUUUUACUGUGUGUGUGUUUAUAUAUAUAUAUAUAUAUAUAUAUAUAUAUAUAUAGUUCUUCCGCUGUGAAAUUAGCUCUAUGGCAGUCUAGUUAUUUUUUGACCUUUGACCCGAGUCAGUGAUGUCAUCAGAAAUGUCCAAACAUGUUAAACCCACAAACAUCGUAUCAUCUUGUCAGAACCGCCAGGACUGUCGGAUCAGGUCAGUGCAGAUCAAAAACAGGACACAAAUACAGCUUCAGAGCAGAAACUAAUUUUUCAGAGAAAUCCAAAAUUCUCUUUGUUGAAAAGUGUUAUUAUUGAGAGGGAAAAGAAGUUCUUUGUGGACUGAGCCGUGUGCAAUGUGUUGGGUAGAUAUCUGUGUUUGUCUUCAGAUUUUUAAGAAAGCGAAGCAAGUGAAAAAAAAAAGACAAAAAAAAUUAAGUCUGCAAGCUCCUGGACUCUAAACACAAGGGCCACAAAAAGAAUCCCAGUCUUUCAAAGUGUUAAAGAGGGGAAGUUAAUUUUUACUUUUCAUUUAUCUUUUUUUAAUGUUUUAUUUGUAAGCUUUUGUUUUUAAACUAUUCUAGGGGAGCCGAAGGAAUGAUUUUACAAAAGCAAAUGUAUUAUGACAAAAAUGAAAGAAAAGAAAUACUGGUGCUUCUGAUACUCAUAUGCGAAUAAUACCACACCAGAACAACUGUUUCUGACGAGCCUCUGUUUCUCUCCUAUUCUCUUUUGUAUUUACUAAGGGGGGUUCAUAUUUUUAUAUAUAUAUAUUUUGGUUCUGACAAAAGGCAUUUUAUUACAACCUUUAAGAAAGCAGUGCCCAUUCUUUCUUCUUCAAAUGGUGCAUUCAAAUCAUGUCAGAAAGAUCGUAUUUAUGAGUUGAAAACAAAGGAACGUCACCACAAUGUCAUAGCAAUUGAUGCAGCAUCUAAAUUUGUUAAAAUGUAUGAAAUUAUAUAUACAUUACAUUUGCAAUAAAGUUGCAUAAUAAAUUAUGAUAAUACUCCACAAUUGCAAUAUAAUGCACAACGAUUCUGUUCACAGCACCUCCAUGAAUUGAAUAAAAAUCAAAAUGCACACCUGAUACGCAUUAUUUAUUUGCCAUUUUUCAGAAGAACAGUAGAAGGGGAUUUAAACACACUUGAGGACAUCACAACUCGUAAAUACGAACAUUCCCGGAGGACUUGAAUGUACCAUAAUAGCAGAUGAAUAUGCAGAAAAGCAUGUCUUGGUUGGAGGAACGGCUAUAAUGAAGCGUCACGAUUGAGAAUAGAGUAGAGGGUUCGUCACAUUCACUCUGGGCUUCAUUUAGAGAAGAUUGUAUCGAUGUUAAUGUGAGUAGGGUUUUGUUCAUUGUAGUUUAGAGCACAUGUGGUUCAAGAUGAGAGGCAAAAAACGCAUCUGGAAAAAAAAAACAUUCAGUGCCCCACGGCCACCCCG